UUAUUAUGUUUAAUCUCAAGUGUUUCCCAAAUACUUGUGCAGAACAAGUGCACGCCACACUGCUGCCAUUCUAUGUAACUUUACACUGACUUUAUACAUUUAUUCUCAUUUUAAGUGAUUUGCGAGUUGCAGUAUUAUGAUAUAACAAACUCAUUGAAUCCCCUCCCCCAGUGUGUUCAAUUACAUCAUGUGUGAACUAUCUGGCAGAGCACGUCAGAACUUAAACUGGGUGGAUGCUUGCAGAGUUGUUAGCAAAUCCAUUUAAACAAAACUUGUUUAUUUUUCUCCAUUUUUGUCUUUGCGACAAUCGCAGCUGGAUCUUUACUUUGUUUUGCUGUGCAUAUUUCCUUCCUCUGGUGAGGGCUUGUGCAAGCCUAUGCAUGCUUUUACUACUGUAAUAUCUUCGGAUAAUUUCAUAUAAAAAAAGGAGAUGUUUAGGCCUAUGUAGCCUGUACGUGUACUUGUUCUUGUUCUUUAGAACAAAGUUGAGCAUUCAUUUUAUUAUGGUGUGUAUUUGCUUUACUUCAUCUUUUAAUAUUGUCACUUCUUUAGCUAAAUGUUCAGUUUAAAAGAAUGGAAAUUCCCCACAAAGUCUGGCCUCACCCUCAUCUGCUCUGUUUGCAGCCACAGCUGCAUCAUGUAUCAGUUACCGCUGGCCGUGUGCCUGCUGUCUCUCUUCUCUGAGCUGACUGUGAACGGUGCCAUCAAGAAGGGACGCAACUACACAAUUCAUUCAUCUCAGCUCAGUUGCAGUCUGCCAGGCCCUCAGGGUCCUUCAGGGACUCCAGGUUCAGCAGGUCCCAUCGGCAAUGCAGGCAAGAUGGGCAUUCCAGGUGUCGAUGGUCAGGAUGGCAAAGAUGGUGACAUGGGUCAGAAGGGAGAGAAAGGUGAACAGGGUCGUCCUGGCAAUCCUGGUAAACAUGGACCACUAGGACGUCCAGGAAUUAUUGGAAAGGCAGGACCUAGGGGCCUGAAGGGAGAGCGAGGAGCACCUGGUGUGUCUGGGGCUAAUGGGACAAAAGGAGCGAUGGGAGAUGUAGGAGAGACCGGUUCACCUGGAGGUUGUGAUUGUGGAACAGAGGCGCGUUCUGCUUUCUCAGUAGCGGUAACCAAGAGUUACCCAAAGGAACGCACGCCUAUCCGCUUCAACAGGAUUUUAAUGAACGAGGGCGGCCAUUACAAUACUACAAGUGGGAAAUUUAACUGUGCAAUACCUGGUGUGUAUUACUUUACAUAUGACAUCACGUUGGCUAACAAGCACCUGGCAAUCGGCCUCGUCCACAACGGCCAGUACAAGAUCAGAACAUUUGAUGGCAACACAGGCAACUAUGAUGUAGCUUCAGGUUCAACAGUACUCCGACUGCAGAAAGGAGAUCAGGUUUGGCUUCAGAUCUUCUAUUCAGGACAAAAUGGACUAUUCUUUGAUCCAUUCUGGACUGACAGUGUUUUCACAGGUUUUCUCAUUUAUGCUGAUCAGGUUGCUCCAGGUGAAGUGAAUGUGACAAAUUCUGGAUGAUCCUGACUUUCUGCUGUUUGUUUACGUGUUGUUUUUUCACAAAUUGCCAUAAGUGACUCCAUUCCAGAUUCACUUUAUUAAAAUCAAUACAGAACAUUGGACCUAACUGAGGCGGAGAGUUAAAAGAGAUAAAUAUUGAUUAACACAAACAGAUAACAAAACAACACAAAGGAAAAAAAGUGACAUUUGUACAAAACAAGUGCAAUAUCAUCACAAACAUUCUUUUUGGUUUUUUCAACACAGUAGUUUCAUUAUGAAAAGAUAGUUGUCAUUCAAUAAAAAAAGACAAUUCUCUGAUUUAUUUAUUAAUUAUGCGUGCAGGUCUUUGUUUUUAUCUAUAGUUUAUUGACUGCAUAAAAUGUGAUCAAUAAGUCAUGUUAACACAUUUUCAAUUGCUGUAAUUCAUCAAAAUAAUUUAAAGGGAUAGUUCACCCAAAACAUGACAAUUCUGUCAUGAAUUACUCGCCCUCAACCUUUAUAAAUGUAUUUGUUGUAUAUAUUUUUUGUUCUGUUGAAUAUGAAAUUAGAUAUUUUGAAGAAUUUAGGAAAACUGGAGGCACCUUUGACACGCAUUUGAAUUUUUCCUGCUAAUGAUGACAGAAUUUUCAUUUUUGGAUGAACCAUUUUAUGUAUUUGAAAAAAAAAUAUAUAAAAACAGCAACAAAGUUUUUAAGUCAGUGUAUUAUUGUUUAAAUUCACAUGGCUUGUAAAGCCAGUU